AUGAUUCAUGCUUUAUUACUAGCUGUACCGAUUAUUCUGCACCAAACAACUUCGUUACGAGUGAUUCAUGGUGGCAUGAUUCGCUUAAUUUGCAAUACUUCCAGUCUACCAUCUGCUAGUAUCAUCUGGCAGAGGAAUAAUACUGCAUUAGAUAAUGGUCUAUCAUCAACAAUGACCUCCUUUCAAGCUGAUGGCAUCACUAUGGCCUCUAGUACAUUGAUUAUUAAUUCUGUAACUUUAUUUGAUGCUGGCAACUAUAGCUGUUGGAUCCAAAAUGCAUUCUCUUCAGCUACAUCACCUAAUAUUUCCGUCGUUGUCAUGGUCCCUCCUGCAGCUAUUAGCAAGAUAACAGUUUCCAAUAUUACUGCUUCCGCACUAAACGUUUCAUGGUUGCCUCCUUCGUUUAAUGGCUAUACGACCAUAACCAAUUAUACAGUGGAAAUUAUUCUGCAAUUCAAUAAUACCGUGAUUAAUCAGUCUUGUUACGACAGUUUAAUAUCAAAUGGAUGUGUUAUAACCUUCCCUUUCACUACUAUAACUAGCCUUAUACCAUAUCAGAACUAUAACAUUAAUAUAUGGGCUUCAAAUAUUGCCGGUAAUGGUAGAAAGAUGGCUAUCACAGUACAGACUGAUGAAAGCGCUCCAGCAAGUAUGGUGAGAAAUAUCGUUGCAUUGGGUUAUAAUGCUACAAGUAUUCAAAUUAUUUGGGAUUCUCCAGCACUAUCAUAUGGGAUAGUGGGCUACCGAUUAUAUCAAUGGAUAUAUGUUGAUUCAUCACGUAGUUUAAGCCUAAAUUCUUCGGGAGUUAUGAUUUUUGACGGCACCACAAGAAGUGUUUACUCGACUGGUUUACAACAGGAUCAGUAUUACUAUUAUAAAGUCAUUCCGUAUAACAUUAAAUAUAAUUUAACAGGUCCGGAAAGUAAUAUUGUCAAUGCUACCACUCAUGAAUAUGCUCCGUCAUCUCCGCCAGUCAACGUUAUUGCAACAGUGUUAUCAUCGACUAGUAUUAGACUAUCUUGGCAGCCCCCUGUAAUUUCAGAUCGAAAUGGAGUAAUUACAGCAUAUGAAAUUGAUUAUGAGAUUACUGGCUCGAAUGUUACAAUGUCGGCAUCGGCUUCUGGCGGUAUCUUAACGUACACGAUUAAUAAUUUGAAGGCUUAUACUAAUUACAGUCUUACCAUCAAAGCUGGCACUGUAGCAGGAUUUGGACCUAGUAUUACUGUUACAGCAGUAACAGAUGAAGCAGCUCCGUCAUCGACGCCAAUCAAUACCAUUGCAACAGUAUUAUCAUCGACUGGUAUUAAACUGUCAUGGCAGCCCCCUGUAAUUUCAGAUCGAAAUGGAGUAAUUACAGCAUAUGAAAUUGAUUAUAAGAUUACUGGCUCGAAUGUUACAAUGUCGGCAUCGGCUUCUGGCGGUACCUUAACGUACACGAUUAAUAAUUUGAAGGCUUAUACUAAUUACAGUCUUACCAUCAAAGCUGGCACUGUAGCAGGAUUUGGACCUAGUAUUACUGUUACAACAGUAACAGAUGAAGCAGCGCCUUCCACAAGUCCAAGCAUAACAACUGUUACUUUAACAAAUAACAAUACUAUCAAAAUAAAUUGGAAGGCUAUUCCAGAGAAUGAAAAGAAUGGUAUUAUAUCAGGAUAUUACUUAAUCUUAAGUAAUACAAAACUUGGAUCUACAAGCAAUAGAACAAUUUUAGUAAAUCAAAUCAGUUUAUCAGGAAAUACAAGAUCGUUGAUUGCUACAGAUUUGGACUAUUAUUCAAGGUAUAGCGUAGCAAUACAAGGUUUUACUUCAGCUGGAAUUGGUCCACUUAGUUCAUUAGCUUACAUAAUGACAUUACAAUCAGUACCCUCAAAAUCGGUUAUUAAUAUCGUUGCAUCGAUGGGUUCGUCACUAUCGACAUCCGUUUCGGUCAGUUGGCAACCACCAGCAAUUGCAGAUCGUAAUGGUAUUAUCACACAUUAUCGGAUUGAAUAUAACAAUGUUGGCAGAGCUCGUUUUCGAAGAAAUGUUUUAGUUCAUUUGACUACCAGCAAUAUUACUCGCUACACUUUAACCAAUUUGACACCAUUAAGGAACUAUUCAAUAAGAGUUGCCGCUUCUACCUUAGUAGGAUUUGGGCCCUAUAGUACACCAAUAUUUUAUCAAACAUUUGAUGCAGUCUCGCCUGAGGUCUUAGUAUCUCCCCAGAGUAUCACUACAGUAGCUGAUUCUAAUAUCACACUACGAUGCGAAGGUUAUGGCGAGCCAGUGCCAACAAUAGAGUGGCUGAAAAAUGGUCAAAAAGUAGGAUCGAUAUAUACUAUUCGGAGGAUAUCGAAUAGUAGUUCACUUACCAUUUAUAAAGCAGCCUUGGUCGAUUCUGGCACCUAUCGAUGUAAUAUCUCUAAUAUAAAAAAUUUCACUACAACGGAUGCAGCACAAGUCAUUGUUAACGAUAACAAUAUUGAUAGCUACUGCAAUGCAAUAAUUGAAGCUGAUAUUCGUUGGCCAAAGACAUUUUCAGGACAAACAGCAACUGCGUUUUGUCCACCACCUUCACAAGGAACAGCAUCGCGUAUCUGCAAUAGCUUUAACAGUACUCACCAAGUUUGGAGUCGAAUUAAUACAGCAAAUUGUUUAUCGCCACAAUUUGAAGCUAUCUCGAACACGAGUAAUACCUUAGACAAGGAGGGACAAAAUGGAACACAAGUUGCAAUUAAUAAACUUGAUAAUGCCAUCAGCUUAACGUCAGGAUUAAAAGGAGCCGAUAUGAAGGUAGCAAUAAAUCUCUUGGCUAAAAUCAAUCAAGUUUCUAAUACUGUAACUCCGUCUUUACUAGAGAAAUUUGCGACGGUUCAAAGUAAAUUACUUAAUGCUAGUAAUGCUAAUCAACUGAAGGAUUCACAACAGUUGGAUCAGGCGGUUCAAGGAAACUCAUCUAUAAUGGACGUACUAGAAAAUAUGGCUGACAAGGUCGUCUUAAGUGAAAAUACUACCGAAUUCGUUAUAUCAACGCCUGUAUUAGAGUUAAAGGUAUACAAAGUUACAAAUACAACCACAACUUCUGGUUUCGAGUUAUCGACUUCAACAGCUAAUACAGAUAGUAGUUCGUCAGAUAACUUAGUAAUUUCAUUGGCUAAGGAACUAUUUCAAAGAAAAAAUUACGAUAAAAUUACCUUAACAAGCUAUACAUCGCUAGAUAGAAUUCUUCCCUCCGCGACUGGCAAUAACAGGACCGAUAUUACGCGAGUGGUCAUUAAUUCCAAAGUUUUUUCCAUUUCUUUUCAACCUAAACCACCAACACCACUACCAUCAGAAUUUAGGUUUACUAUAUCCAACAAAAAUGCAAUCGCUAAUGAAAAUAACUCACUGCAAAGCCAAUGUACUUAUUGGGAUUGUUCUGAAAGCAACUGCAAGUGGUCUUCCGCUGGUUGCAGAGUAGGGCCAGAAUCUAAUGCUAGCCAAACUGUAUGCUAUUGCAAUCAUAUGACUACAUUCACAUCACUACUAAUCAUAUCGAAUCAAACUGAACCGUCAUCAUCGUUUACCUUGCACGUAAUAACAUACGUUGGUUGUGGUAUUGCUAUUUUGUGUGCACUAUUAGCGCUAAUCACAUGUUGUAUUUUCUGGAGGCAAUUUUCCCGCACUCUUGACGUCAUUAGGAUAAAUCUAUUUUUGUCGGUGAUGAUCAGUCAUAUUUUGGUUAUAUCUGGCCUGAUACAGAUACAGCAUAAGCCAUUGUGUGUUGCUAUAUCAGUAGCUCUACAUUUAAGUAUUUUGAUGAUAUUCAGCUGGCAACUAGUAGAACAAAUAUAUAUCUAUAAACUAUUAACCAAUGGAUUUGAUAGCAAGUUUGGGUUUAGUCCCUUUAUGGCCAUUGGCUUUAUCUUGCCUGGGUUGUUAGCUAUUCUUACAGCUGUUAUUACUGUCGCUAUCAAAGGAAUCAACUUUUAUCUGAAUGGUCAAGUAUGUUGGUUGUCUACAAGUCCUCCUAUCUUCCUAGCUUAUGUCAUUCCGAUUGGUGUUAUGAUAUUACUUACCGCUGCAGUGGUAUUUAGAUCUACUCAAGUUGAUUCUAAAAGAAAUCAGAAACUAAAUAUCGAUCGAACAGCCAAUAACGCUGGAAUUAUGAAUAUAAGAAGGAGCAAGUAUGCGCCUGUUCUUUUACUACCAGUAUUCGGUAUCGGAUGGAUAACAUUUGCAGCUCUUGUUAUCCUUCAGCGUACAGAUUUGCAAUAUGUUUUUGCAAUAGCUUCAAUGUUGCAGGGUAUAUUGAUCUUCGUUUUCUACUGCUGCAUUAAUUGUCAGGUGGAAAAUAUAUCCAUUAAUGAAGAGGGAAGAAAUGAAUAUUAUAAGGCAUCUAUUACGGGCCAUGAUAACGAACACAUGGAUGAUAACGGUCAUGAUUCUAUACGCUCAAAUUCUGACAUGAAAUCGGCACAGACUAAUGGCACACAAGUGUUUGCAACUGAUGAUUUUCAUCGAGCAGCAACAAGGGCUGGCGAAAAAGAUAAGGUCCUUAAAUGGCGUUUUGAAUAUAUUUCUUAA